CCGAAGAAGCGAUCACAUGAUUAGGAUGGGCCCUCCUCUUCGCCCGCGCUCUCUCCCAAAGUAGCUUCUCUCCAGUUCACUCGCCGCUGACGAAGGAGCGCAGGCCAGCUACUUAGUCAGGGGGACGACCGGCGCUCGGAGAUUGGCUGCGGCGGCUGCUGUUUCUGUUUCUGCGCGGCUUGGGCGCAAGUCCUGCCUCUCCUCCCCUUUCACUUUCCUUUAAGGGGGUUUCCUGCCCGGGCUUCUGCCUGCAUCGCCGGUAAAACUCAACUGCAAGUAUCUUUCGCGCGGCGAGCAAAUCCAUGUUUGGGAGCUUGCAAAGCCGACCCAACUCAGGGGGCGCCCGCCUGGGCUUGUGCUUCUGCCGCUUGGUGCUGGCGGCAGCGUGCAGCGCCCGAUUCUGUUCUUUCUCGGAAGUAAGGCCCGCGAAGCGCAGAAGCUCUUCCCUCCCAAUCCAGGCUAGGCAUCAGACGGCCGGUUUAACCCGGCAACCCCCCAACCCCCAGGGAGCGCUUACUCGCAAGCAGGGCCCGCUACAAGGGCACAGAGUUGUAGUAGCCUCGGAGUAAGGAAAACCCAGUGGAUAAGCCCCCCCCCCCCAGUUCCACCCCACAGCGUGGAGCCGCCGGGUAACGGCCUGCAAUCCCAAACCCGCCCACCUGACAGUGGGGGUGGAGGGGGGCGUUGAACUGAACAGGUCUUGCUUCUGAGCAGAGGCCAGAUUGCGCGGUGUGCUUAGGAUCGCAGCCUUGGAUUUAUUGGGGGGGGGGGGUGCUGGACACCGACUUGUCAUCGUCCUCUGUCUGGCUCUGUCUAGCAGAUUCGAAAGGACUCGGUCAACAACGGUUGUUUAAAAUUGCUUUCUUUUGACCCCAAGUACUCAGAAAAAAAUCUGUCAAAAUCUUUCUACAAUUUCUACUUUUAGUUUUUAUUUAUUGACUUGAUUGAGGGGCGGGCAGCUGCCCCCCCCCCCCAGCUACGCCCGUGCAGCCUGAGUCACGGCAAACCAAGCGCGCAUCUCCCAAACCCGGGAAGUUUCCACUUUGCGCCUCGGCGGAUCCCGCUUCUUUGAGGGGGGUUGACUUAACUCCGAAGUUUGCUUUGCAUUGCAUUGGCAACCGUCGCUAAGGAUGGGUGGCGCGGGCUGAGGCGUCUCCCUUAGCUCAGAAGGAAGUCCAUUCCCCGCUUUUUUCCAUCCACCCUGAGAGAGACAAGCCCUCGAGAAGCCGAAAGCACUCGGAGGUCCGAACAGAAGCAGCCUCUGGGGCUGGAGUUUGCGUAGAGUGGGAAGGGAAACUCCUUGUUUUUUCCUCCUUUUUAAAACCCGGGCAUUAUGAGGAAGGGGUCAAGCGGCGAGCCCAGGGCGCUGGGGGUGGAGUCAUCUUUCAGGGGCGGUGUACGCCCUUCUGCUGGGAAUCGACGGGGCGUGAGGAAGCGCAGCUGCUGCCUGCUCGGAAGAGGGCAGGAAAUGGUCGCGGAAUGCUAUUCAUUUCUACCCAGAGCAGCCGGAUUUAACCACCACAGCCGCCAGAAUAAGACAAGGAAGCGUGACAGGGCCAGCUAGAACAAGGCAGCUCGCCUAAGAUGGCAGCCAGGCUUUUCAAGCUUAGGCACCUUUCUCCCAAGAAGCAGCCCCACACAUACUGUGUGAAUUGGGCCCUCUUGCAAAAAAAAGCAAAAAAACAAAAAAAGGGGGGAGCAUUAUAUCACAUGCAGGUUGGUAACCGCUUGUGGGCCGAGCGGAGUUUCCCUCCACACCCCCAAUAUAUCGGGGGCUGCAUGCAAAUAACACUGUAUGAUGUCUGAGGCACAGGAUGUUGACAGGUGACACUUUCCCCAUAAUUGCAUUUCCCGACUGGCAAAGGUUUAUUUAACCUGUUGAACCUUUGACUGCUGUUAAAAGCGCAAGAGCCCCGGAGCCCCGCAACGGCAACCCUAAGACAGUCAAGGAAUGCAAGUUUCAUGAGAUAUAUAAACCGGAUAGACAAACCUUUAAUCGGUGGCAAUGCUGCCAGAGUCCGUGCAAGACCGGGUGUGGUAUUUUAGAUGGCAGUGGGGGUGGGGGGUGGUCUGUGUCAAAAGAUACUUACAGUCUACUGUAACCAAAAGGCAGGUGACCAUGUUUAGGAAAAUCCAAUAUGGAAUUGUUCAGAAGCAUGCUUAGAACAUUUAUGGCAGGUAUUUCAUACCUCACAAUAUCUACAGUGAUGUAGAUAUUCUGCCCUUUCUCCUUUCCUUUAGGAGCAAGAAAAGGAAUGUGAGCCUUUAACAUGAUUAUGUUGAUUUUAGUGAUUGUACCACCAGCAGCAACUCACCGCCAGAAAUCCCCCAAUUUUUUCUCCAUGAGUGGGAAAGCAAUGAAUCACUCUCCCCUCCUCUCCAUGUUGCUACUAAAACCAAUCUAACUGUCCCACAACUGCAUUUUCAUUAAACAACAACAACCCAACAGCAAGAGAUUAGGUAACAGCCUUUGAUUACCCUGCAGGGUUGUCAAAUGUUCUGUGCCCUUCCUCAGAACAACAUUAGUAGAACAACGUACCCCCGGUUGUGAACAGCAUCUGUUCCGGAGGUCCAGCCAUAUCCUGAGGAUUUUGCAACCAGAGGUGUCUGUUCUGUGUAGAGCGCUUCUGCGCCUGCAUGAGCUGCGAAACACUUCCAGGUUUGCCGCUUUCGCAACCUGAAGUUUACGUUACCCGAGGAUAACGUAACCCGAGGUUCCACUGGAUUCACAUUCGCAUUAUCAGGGAAUUAUUUAAUGCUUCUGCAGAUUAAAAAAAAAUCAGAUUUAAAAAAAAAAUUGCAUAAAACUAAACCCUUAUUAGGGACGCGGGUGGCGCUGCGGGUUAAACCACAGAGCCUAGGACUUGCCGAUCAGAAGGUCAGCGGUUCGAAUCCCCGCGACGGGGUGAGCUCCCGCCGCUUGGUCCCUGCUUCUGCCAACCUAGCAGUUCGAAAUCACGUCAAAGUGCAAGUAGAUAAAUAGGUACUGCUCCGACGGGAAGGUAAACGGCGUUUCCGUGCGCUGCUCUGGUUCACCAGAAGCGGCUUAGUCAUGCUGACCACAUGACCCGGAAGCUGUACGCCGGCUCCCUCGGCCAAUAAAGCGAGAUGAGCGCCGCAACCCCAGAGUCAGUCACGACUGGGCCUAACGGUCAGGGGUCCCUUUACCUUUAAACCCGUAUUAGAAAGCACAUGCACUUCUAUCAUUGCUGCUACCUUUUAAUUUUGGGUGACUUUUGCCCAGUCAUUGCUGCAGUACAAUCUUGGAUUUCUCCGUUAUUUUACCUGAGCGACUAUUGCUUUUCUACCAGGAAAUCAAAAGAAACUAGCUUCAAAAUGAACCAGGAAGUUGCUUCAAAAUAAAGUAGGCAGGCCUUCUUCAUUAGUGGAGUCUUGAGAGAAAAUAUAGAGUGACAACCCACCCCCAAAGGAAGUCCCAGAAACGACUCCAAAAUGAAUCAGAAAGUUCCUUCUCCUUUAUCUGUAGGAGUGACUUCUUGGGUCAUUUGAAAGCUUAUUGAUUUAUUUAAAAUACUGUUUAAAAGCUAGUGUGUGCGUGCAUAUAUACCAAUUGUUUUCAGAAGUUACCUUUUUAAUGUAUAUGUCCUGCAGGCAGACUUAGGUGGCAGGUUACAUCUACAGCACUGUUCACAUGAUCAAAACGCUCACACCCUGAAAAGUUCGCAGCUAGAGCAGUGCUUCUGCGCAAGCGCGAAGUGCGAGAGAGUGCUUCUGCGCGUGUGGCGAAACCCGGAAGUAUACACAUAAUGGGAGCAGGCCUAAGCUGGAGCAGGACCGCAAUGGUAAGUCCUGCCCUUGGACGUAUGCACAUUCGUUUGCACAUCUGCAGUGUGUGUACAGGUGUUUGAUCAUGCAGACAGUGCAUGAGCACUGUUCAUAGGAUCAAACAUAUGUAGGGAGAGCAGGAUUGAGGCUUGAUCUUUCUAGGAUUUUGAAGGAUGUAUAUCAAGCACUCACAAGCAUGAACGAGACUGAAUUUAUAGAGACAGGCAGGGACCAAAUAUAUUUAACAGGAUCCCUGCUCUUUGUGUACUAUAGGUUGAUUUUCUUAGACAUUUUGACCACAUUGCAGUUUUAACCUGUUUUUCAUCAGAGGCUUUAUUGAUUGAAAACUAUUGUUUUGCAUGAGGACAGAACAUGUGUUCGGGCCUGCAAGAGAACUAUGAGGCUGCCAUGGUGCUGAGUGCCGUUGGAGACGCCUUGGGCUAUUACAAUAAAAAAUGGGAGUUCGUGCGCAGCGGUGAGAAGAUUCACAGCGAGUUGGCCAAAAUGGGCGGCCUGAACAAGCUCAACGUGGCAGGCUGGAGGGUCAGCGACGACACCGUCAUGCACCUGGCUACUGCUGAAGCCUUGGCAGCAGCUGGGGAAAACCCAGACUUAACCCACUUGUAUAAACUCAUUGCAACAAACUACAGAGAUUGCAUGGAUGACAUGGAUGGACGAGCUCCAGGUAAUCUUUCCUAAACUUUUAAACAUAUGAAAAUAGAAGGCAGCAGUUUCUGGAUCAUGCAUGUUCUAUGUGUUCAGAUUGGAACAUGAUGUUUCCCAAAGGCCUUAGAGACAUGCAGUACAGUGGUACCUCGGGUUAAGUACUUAAUUCGUUCCGGAGGUCUGUUCUUAACCUGAAACUGUUCUUAACCUGAAGCACCACUUUAGCUAAUGGGGCCUCCUGCUGCCGCCACGCCACUGGAGCACGAUUUUUGUUCUCAUCCUGAAGCAAAGUUCUUAACCCGAGGUACUAUUUCUGGGUUAGCAGAGUCUGUAACCUGAAGCGUCUGUAACCUGAAGCAUAUGUAACCCGAGGUACCACUGUACUAUUAGAAAGGGUUCCUUUCACAACUCUGUCCAGUGGCUGCAGUCAACUUUUACGGCUCAUUAAUUUAAUGCUCAGCUGUGUUUUCUGGUCAGAUCUCAUAAAAGCAGGGAGUGGGAACCUUCAGGCCUGCCAGAGGAUGUUAGCAUCUCUGACCACUGGCCAUGCUGGUAUGAAAUCUAGAGGGCUGCAAGCUUCCCACCCUUGCAUUAUUUCCACAUGAGCUUCAAAUUUCUGCUGAGGUUUGAACCUGUGAUUCCCAUGGCUGUAGCCAAAUCUCUCAAUUUCUGGCUCACCUCAUCUCAUACUUUGAUAUCAAUAGGAAUGGACCUCGGUGCAAUGAGCAACUUUCCCUCUGCUUCAGCUUUCCAUCUUCAGGAGGACACUUUGCUCUUCCACUUAGAAUACAAACAUUGAGUGUGUUAUCCUCCAGAUGUUGGACUGCAGCUUCUAUCAGCCAUGAUCAGUAUGACCAGUUGUCAGGGAUGAUGGGAAUUGUAGUUCAAGAAUAUCUUUAAGGUUACAGAUUCCUCCAUCCCUGACUUAGAGUUAACAUCCAGCCUUCCCACUACAUAUACUCUGCUUAGAAUCUAGUAUAUUUUAGUUCACUCCCAUUCUGUGAAAUGGAUAUCUCCUAAUUCAGUAAACAUGCUGGCUGCUACAUAUUGUCCGUUGUUGGCAAAAGGCCUAUAUAUCUUCAGAAAGAACCACUUUGUUUCUUUGCAGUGAGAAGCAUGGGCUCAUCUGGGCCUUUCAUUUCAAAGUAUUUAGCUCCUGCCAGAGAGCUAGGAAACAAGAGUAGGGCUGCAUGGCAAGUUGGCAUUUAUUUGUUUGCUUUUUUCAUCCCAAGAUUGAGGAACCACUUUAAGGAAGAGGUGUGCGUCCUUUUUCUUCCAUCUCUCUUCAGUUACUUUCCCCUCCUGUGAUGAUGAUUACAUGUGUGGCUGUGUUACAUUUCCAGUGGCUGGAAUGGGGAAUUUGGGAAGUAUUGAUUGUAUGCACUCCAGUCUGUGGAUUCUGAGCUUUUCAACAACAUAAGAGCCAAGUGUGCCAGAGAUGAUAAGCAGCUCAAAACGGGAUUUGCAUAGGACAUCUGUUCAUAAAAAAAUAAGAUGGCUGAAUCUAUCUAUUCAAAGUUGUACCAUAUGCUCUGCAAAAGGAAUAUUAUGAUGCACGAGGAUGCUGUGAACCCAUCACAGGAGCCUGAAACACAAUUCAGAGUUUGCCUUUUGACUGCAUUUGGGUGAUAGUCUCUCUUAGAAGCAAUGGGCUUUUCCUGAGUCCAGCUAGGUUAGAAGGAAUCACUGGGCAAAGUGGGUUGCUUCUGCACUAGGUGUUUUCUGACGACUUCCACUCCUUCACUUCAUGGAAAAUCCUGGUGAUGUUCCUGCUGAAAUGUUGCAUUCCAGCAUUUCCCAUUAUUCUUUCUUUUAAUGUCUGAUUUGGUUUUUCCCCCCUGAAUUUCAGAGCACUUCUGGGCCUCUGGGCUUGCAUUUCUUCCGUUCCAGGUCUCUUCUGCUAUUACAUUGCUAGCUUGUGCUAGGCUUUUAAAUGUAUUUAUUUAUUGCCUACCUGCACUUGGGAAGCUGCCACCUAGCUUAGUCUUAUCUAUUUGACUAGCUGGUGAUGGCUUUCCAUGGUUCCAGACAGGUAUUUCCCAGCAUGCAAAGCAUAUGCUCCUCCACUGAACUGCAGUUCUUCCCCUGAAAACUUCCUGAUUGCACCAAAGCAAAAGUACCAUAGCAAAUAACUUCAGGAAAAUGUUCACUGGUGUGAUCAUUGUAGCCCCAAACUGCGAGGGGUGGAGCUUCCUGCUACAGUGAGCUGGGAAAGAGGAUUGUGAAACUGUCAGAUGAUUUGCAAACCUGUUAGAGACUGAUGAAAUUCAGGGGAUUCCCCACUGCCCCACCCCUGAAAAGGCUUUGGGGGGGAAUCCCCUUACCUGCACUGUCCCUGGGAAAGGCUUUCUCAGCAGGAAGACACUGCUGCUUUGCCAACCUCACCACGGCUUGAUUUGACUGGAAGGCUCAAUGAAGCCUGGAAUGCGCCAAUGAACUUUUAAAAAACAACAAAGUAAGUUUUAUGUACUUGCGCUUCAGUGCAACAAGGCAGUUCUGGACAUGGACACCCACACGCCCCACAGUGUUAUCUGCAAGCUUAGCUGUGACACUGCCCUUGUUAAGCCACAUUACUAUUGUCUUGGAAAUUUCAUGGUGUAACGAGGAGCACGCACACACACAAAGGAUAGAAAAUACAUCAUAUGAACCCUUAAAUAUAUACAGUGAGAAAAUGCAUUUGAAAGUGGGAAUGAGAGAAACAAAAUAGUUUGAAUGAAAGUGUCACCAAAGAGAACAUUUGAGACAACGUAGAGUAUAAUGCCAGGCACAGGGUACAAGUUGGGAAAUCCCCUGUUCUAAUUUUGGUGCUGUAAUUAAUUCACUUGGUCUUAGUGUGAAUAUGGUGACGAAACUACUAGACUCCUGUUAUUACUCAGCUGUACUUUCAUUAUUGAGCUGAUGUGUGGAAUCAUGUUGAUGACUUGACAUUUAUAUAGCACUUUCCUUAAAUAUUUAGACUUCCAGAAAGUGGAAGCUGUGAUGUUGCUUAUGUAGCAGCAUCAGUGUAUCAUGUUUGUAUGCAUGCAUGCAUACUGUAUUUGCAUAUUUUGGAACUAAAAUCCAGACAUCAGUUUCUUUGCCCUGCUGGUGGCACAGCUUAGUGCUGCAGAAGCAGCACAUGUCCUCCACCAGAAUGGUAGCAAUGGGUUCAGGUUUGUGUACCAGGCUGAGAACAGCCGGUCACUCAGACCUUGCUACCUGCGCGGGACCUGGUGUAUCCUCCAAUCUCUAGGCUAGCACAAUCCACAAAUAUCUUAUGGGACUGGAGGCUGUGUGAUAGCACUCCUGAUAGCCUGAAAUCCCUUUGGCAAGCACCUAAAAUUGCAAUGUCGAAGGCUGCCUGUCAAGACCAUUGGUCCAUGUUGCUUAGUACUGCCUACAACAGGAAUAGCCAAAGUGGUGCUUUCUAGCUGCUCCCAUCAGCUGCAGUCAGCAUGGACACCUGUUGUCUAACAACAGCUGCAGGGCACCCACCCUGGCUAUCCACCAUUUCCACUGACUGACAGUUCUCCAGGGAUUGGUGUUGUUCCCAGCUCUACCUGGAGAUGGAAGGGAUUGGACCUGGGCUCUUCUGCAGGCAAAUAUGUGCUCUGCCACUGAUCUACGGUCUCUCUCCUGGACACGGGCAAUAAAAUGUGUCAACUGAAGUUGGUGGAGCAACCAGAUGGGGACAAUAAGAGCAUAGUUGUACAAGCAGUCACAGCUGAUGAUCAGAAUUUGAAUAAUAGUUAUAUUACCAGGGUCUGUUGCCCCACUUGCCAACCCAACCUAUCUGCCUUCCCCUUGCCCACCCACUCCUCCCUUUUGCCCUCAACUAUCCCUUCACAGCUCACCCAAACCACCACUCCCCCCCAAACCCCUUUAAAAGAGAGGGAUAAGCGCUUUAGAGAACAAUUGGCCAAACUACUUUCUGAAGCGCCUCUGCCCCUUAAAACAGCUUGCCUGGGCUGCCUGCCCUCCACACUGCUUGCCUGCUUGUCUACCUGUUGUUGUGCUGCAACUGCAGCAUGACAACAGCUUUACAUGUUUAUGUACAUAGGAAAAAGUCAGCAAGCUGACUUAGGCUGCAAUUCUAUGUAUAUUUACAUGACAAUAAGCCUCAUCCGUGGGGUAUUGUAAGACUUAAUUUCUGGGUACACAUAUAAGGAUCUGUUUUCCUUAUGAACCAUGGUAUGCAAAUGGAGCAUAAGAAAUGCUUUUAAGAUUGUACAGCAGAUGAAAAGAUUGUCUAUAGGUAGCUGGGAAGAAUGUAGUUCACUUCAUUUAGAGCUUGUGUGUGUUUAGAUACGAUGCUAAUUUCCUAAUGGUACAUAUUGAAUAUCCUAAAUAACUGCAGGCCAAUACAUAAAAAAAAAUCCAACUUUAAAGCUGCGGCAGCUUUAAAGAUGGGCAUCUGGUAUCUAUGAACUCUUGGGUGAUGCAAUUCAAGAAUGCUAAGAAGAGUCCUGUCUGAUCAGAAGGGUUGAUUUAAGAGUCUGUUCUGUGAACAUGAGCUGAUCUUGGGAGACACCCCAGCCAGUUUCACAUGUCUGAGCUGUGGGAGUUUCCUAGUUAUAACAUGCUGUCACCAUGCAAUUCCCUCCUAGUAUGGAGUAAGGGUACACUUGUCACCUCUUUUCUACUUCCACAGUGCACUUGUUUGCAUGUAGAUGGGCUGGGGAGAAAGGGGACAUAAUUUUUUGCUUGAUAGCAAUUUGGCAGAGGUCCUUGAUGGAACCUUCCACCCCCCCUCCCAAUAUUCAUCAUUGAUUGGGAUCUCUAGAGAUUUAUGGAAUAAAAAACACCCCCUGCUCCUGCUCAGCUCAAAAUGGAAGGACCACCUUCUGCCAAACCCAAGAUCUGUUUCAGGGGUAGCCAACAGGGUGCCCUCCUGAUUACGUUAGACCACAACUCCCAUCAGCCCCAGCCAGGAUGACCUGUGGCCAGGAAUAAUGGGAUCUGUAGUCCAACAACACCUGGAGGGUGCGGUAUUGGCUGUGUCAUAGGGAGGGUGACUCCCUGCUCUGGUAACUUUCAGACUGGAUUGUUGCAGUGCUGGUGCUGCCCUCAAGAGAUUCAGAAACUGUGACUGGUCCAAAAAAAGCAGCAACCAGAUUACUGGCUGGGGUUCACAUUUAGAACUCACUCUGGAACCUUAUGAGAGAUUACUAGUAAUAAAUAUUAUUAAUAAGAAAUAAUGAUAAACAGCAGUAUUAAUACAUAUAGUUGUUAGUGUUAUUAAAUCUUGUUAUUCAUAAUGAUAGUCCUAUUAAAACCUCAGGAAAUCAGUGCUUAUUGAUCGAAAGCAUUAAAAUUGUUACCUGGUGCUUGUGUGUAGACCAUACAGGUUGAGGAUGCUUAACUUCAGGUCAGCCUGAGAUGCAAAUGAACAAUCAGGGCAGAUGUACAAGUUUCCCACCUUUCCCACCCUUCUUAGGUGAUACCUGCAUGGCAUACGCCUUGAGAUUGGAUCCAGACAAGCCGGAUAGCUGGAUACCCGACUUCUCUGAAACAGGAGGAGGGUGUGGUGCAGCCAUGCGGUCAAUGUGCAUUGGACUGAGGUUUCGUCACCCAGAAGAGCUGGAAAACUUGAUCGCAGUAAGCAUAGAGAGUGGUCGGAUGACUCACCACAACCCUACUGGCUACCUUGGAUCCCUGGCUUCUGCUCUCUUCACUUCUUAUGCCAUAAAUCGCAAGCCACUCCAGGAGUGGGGGAAAGGGCUCAUGGAGGUGCUACCAAUGGCAAAAGUCCAUAUCCAGAAGGCAGGUUCCUUUGUGGAGAAGAACUUGCAGCGCUGGUAAGUAAUACACAUUUUGGAAGUCAGAAGGUUCUAAAAGCCAUCUGAUAGAUUGAAAUAGUUACCGAUAUGAUGUUGAGAAAGUAUGAAGUGUACCUCCUCCUCGGAAAGUCCUGAGGGUGGCAACACAAGAAUGGGCCUUCUCUGCAGUGACUCCCCGUCUGUGGAAUGCUCUCCCCAGGGAAGUUCUCCUGGCGCCUUCAUUAUACAUCUUUAGGCGCCAGGUGAAAAUUUUCCUUUUUAACCAGGUCUUUGGUUGAUCUAAUUUGCAUCCUAUGCCCUUAAAAAAAAUUGGUGGGGGGUUGGGAGGGGAAAGCUAUUGGUUUGUUUUAUUUUGAUUAUGUAUUUUGUGGUUUUAUAUUUGGAUUUUAUUCUGUGAACUGCCCUGAGAUCUCCGGGUAUAGGAUGGUAUAUAAAAUCAAAAAAUAAUAGUAAUGUUCCUUGUGCUGGUGACCAAGAUAGAGGGGAAGGAAAUGGAUGCUGCUUAUUACCCUGGAACAGGAUUCCCCAAACCUGGGUUUCCAGCUGUUUUCAAACUACAAUUCCCCUUAUCCCUAGCUAGCAGGACCAGUGGUCAGGGAUGAUGGCAAUUGUAGUCCAAAAACAUCUGGAGACCCAAGUAUUUGAAACCCUGCUGUAUAAUAUUGAAACAUUGACCCUGAAGUACAUAUGUACUACAACAGAGAAAGCAUUUCCUGAUCUGCAGAUGUCUCAAAAUGUGCUGGAUGUUAAGACUUUCUAAGUUUAUACUGGGUUUAUUUUUAUAUUCAUACAAGGCAUAUACAAAUACAGUCUUAAUGUGAAAUCCUAGAUAUUUACAUACCUUCCCAUGGGUUUCUGUUUCUUAGGAACUACUUUGAAAGGCAGUGGAAGAAGUACCUGGAAACUAGAGGCAUUUCAGAUGGGAAAUCUCCUCCAUCCUUCCCCGAAGUGUAUGGUGUGAAAGAGAGAGAUGAAUUCUACACGUCCUUGAGCUACUCUGGCUGGGGAGGUUCAAGUGGGCAUGAUGCUCCCAUGAUUGCUUAUGACGCCAUCCUUGGUGCUGAGAACUGGAUUGAAUUGGCUCACAGGGGUUUCUUCCAUGGUGGGGACAGUGACUCCACUGCGGUCAUGGCUGCAUGCUGGUGGGGGGCAAUGCACGGCUUCAAAGGCAUCAAUGCGAAUAACUAUAAGGAAAUUGAGUAUAGAGACCGAUUGGAGAAAGUAGCGAGGAAACUCUAUCACCUGAGCUUGACUGCAGAGCAGUGAAGUCACACUUGCAGGGCAAGACAUCCCCUGCAGAGAACUGGAAGUUGCUAACUAAUAGCCUCUGGUGCUGUUCAUCCUUGCCAAGCAUAUAGUGCAGGAAGUAAAGAGAUUUAAAUAUAGCAAAAUAAAAGGCCUACUCUUACAAGCUCUUUCUUGAUGCAUUAACACUGAGUGUAAAGUCUGCGUGGAUGCAAAUUAUCAGUGAAAUACUAGUGCGGGCCAAUAAACUCGAGAAACCUAUGAGACAGUGGUGUAAAUGUGAGUGGCACAACACAAAAGUUACCGUAUUUUUCGCUCUGUAGGACGCACCUUGUUUUAGAGGGGGAGAACAAGAAAAAAAAAUCUCCCCCUUUCUGCGCAGCGCCCCUUCAGCGAAGCGGCAGGAGGUGCUGCGCAGAGAGGGGGAGAUUUUUCCCCCUUGUUCUCCCCCUCUAAAACAAGGUGUGUUCAGUGCAUUCAAGGUGCAUUCAGUCGCCUUCAGUGAAGGCAACCCGAAGCCUCCGGAGCGCAGCGGGAGUUCCUGCUGCGCUCGGGAGGCUUCGGGUUCCUUUCGACCUGCUCCCUGGGGUUGUGGGGCUGGCGGUGGGGGGAGCCCGGCUUUCCCCCAUCCCCAGCCCCCAAAGAGCAGGUCGGGGCUGGCGGGGGAAGCCCACCCCCCCCCCAGCCCCAUGGACCACACAUUCACUCCAUAAGACGCACAGACAUUUCCCCUUAGAUUUUAAGAGGGAAAAAGUGCGUCCUAUGGAGCAAAAAGUACAGUAGGUAGCGGGGGUGGGGGGAUAUCACAGCAACUAGUUGUGGCCAUUAUUUCUAAAAUUUGUCAUGAACAAAGAUAUUUGGGUGGCGUUUUCGCAGGUCUUUGACUUUGAGUGUUUAGUAUCAGACACAACUUUGCUGUCAAAUUCUAUACGGUGGUACCUCGGGUUACAGAUGCUUCAGGUUACAGAUUCUGCUAACCCAGAAAUAGUACUUCGGGUUAAGAACUUUGCUUCAGGAUGAGAACAGAAAUUGUGCGGUACGGCAGCAGCAGGAGGCCCCAUUAGCUAAAGUGGUACCUCAGGUUAAGAACAGUUUCAGGUUAAGAACGGACCUCUAGAACGAAUUAAGUUCUUAACCUGAGGUACCACUGUACUUUGUAGGCUACAAAUGUUUUUCCUUAGAUCUUGAUUGGGAGUGGAACAUUUUCAAGAUUGGGAAUCUACGGGCACAUCUUUCACCAGUAAUACGGGUAUUAUUUCGUGCUAGUUGUGUGCUAGACCCUACCAAAAAGUUGCCAUAGUCACAAUGUGCCUCUGUCUCUAAAGCUGGUAUAAGGCUUUUCAGUAAGGGUUGAGGCAUCAAACUUCAAAGUGGAAACUGUGCCUUCUAAGUGAUGGGUCGAUAGAUCUGAUUAGCUAAGGCAGAGGUGGGGAACCUGUGGCCCUCCAAAUGUUGCUGGACUCCAGCUCCCAUCAUCCUGGCCAUUGGCUGUGCUGGCUGAGGCUGAUGGGAUUUGGAGUCCAGUUACCAGUCUGUGGAAUCUUCUCCCGAGGGUUAGACGCCUGGCCCCACCGCUGUCAGUUUUUAGGUGCAAGGCUAAGAUAAUUUUUUAUUUACCUAGGACUUUGGAUGUUAAGUGUAUCAGACAUAGUUUGCAGUUUGCCUUUCAGCUGGUUUUAUAUGCUUUUUAUUAAGUCACUUUGCGAAAUUUCUUUUCUGACCGUUCAUGUGAUAUGGAAGUUAAGCGUGUCAGAUUAGAUGAAAACUAAUAAAAAAUAAAAAUUAUUCAUUACAGUAAAGAGUGUCAGAUUAGGACCUGGGAGACCAGGGUUCCAAUCUCCACUUGGCGACCUUGGGCCAGUCUCUUCCUCACAGCCUAACCUACCUCACAGGGUUAUUGUGGGGGUUAAAUGAGUGAGAGAACCAUACACGCCACACUGAACUCCUUGGAGAAAAAUGUGUGCAGUAUAAAUCCAGUAAAUAAUUAAAUAAAUAGUUAGUAAGUAAGUAAGUAAGUAAGUAAAUAAAUAAAUAUAGAGUGGUGAAGAAUACAAUCAAUCAGCAACAGUAUCUGGAAGGGCAGAAUUCCCCCUAUCCCUGCCACUUAUGGAAGACCUUCAUCUGAAUUAGAAUGGCUUUAGGACAUGUGGAUUUCUCCAGAGUAGUUGUUGCACUUGAAGACAAGAAUAGAACCCAAAGAACAUUGAACUUGUAAGCACUGUUCCUAAGGGGAGUUUUCUAUGAAUUUUUAACCUCUUCCUCAUAACAUUAAUUUCUAAGACUCUAUUAGACAGGGUCCAGAAAUGGAAAAUGUGUAAUAUAAAAACUCAAAUGAUCCUUUGCAGGCGAAAAGCAGCAGAAAUCCAAAAGUCCCCAUUUCAAAUCUCACCUCUGCCAUGAACUCAGUAGGAGGCCUUAGGCAAGCCACCCUCUUCCUGCUCCAGUCCCCUCAUCUGCAUGAUGGGCAAUAAGAAUACUGACAUACCUUAUGGAAGCCCUCCAGAUGUUUGGUUUGGCUGAGGCUGAUGGGAAUUGUAGGCCAAAACAUCUGGAGGGCCCCAGGUUUGUGAAAAUUCCCAUACAGGAUUCUUGCAGAGGUUACUAGAUUAACAUGUAGUGUUCUGAAGAAUUGAAAUUGCUACGCACAUGUUAAAUAUUACUAUUGAACUGUAAGACAUCAGGCAGAUAAGGAGGAG